AAUUAGACAAAUAGAUUUUAUAAAUGCAAAAUAUACCAACAUAUAUAUAUUAUAAUAUUUUAUCAAGUAUAAUUAAUCAUUUGCUAUUUAGUUUAAGGUAUGGUAAAUAUUUUGAGUUAUUUUUUGCAAAUUCAACUCGAAAUGAAAUAAUAAAAUAUGCAACCAUAUCAAAAAAAAGUUUUCAAAUAGUUUCCUACGAACUUACUAAUAAUCUAAAUAUUGACAACUAUAAAUUAUUAAAAUUCUUUUUCGAAUCCCCAUUCAGUUAUAAUAAUAAUAAUAAUAAUAAUGAUUAUAAAUUAAUUAAAUUAAAAGAUUCAAUAAUAAUUUAUAAUGAUACUUUUGAAGAUUUUAAAAAUGAAAUCGCUCUUGGACAUACAGAGAAAUAUAAAAACAUUAUCUUUAUCAAUGAUAAUCCAUCGGAAUUCAGAGGGAUUAUUUCAGAACUUUCAAGGCUACCAGACAAUACCCAGCUUUAUUUACUAGUUUGCUUUGAAAAUGAUGCAGAAUUUCUACUUAAUGGUGGUUUAAAUACCCUUAAAGAAAAAAAUUUAAAGAAAAUAAAAAGAAUUACUAUAGAUUAUGGUAAUCCAAAUAUAAUCUAUAGAAUUUUAAAUACAAAUAUUAAAGAUAUAAUAUAUUGUGACACUUUGGAGAAUGGAUUUGACUGUGAAAUAAUCUUUGAUGGAUCUCCAACUCGUGCAAUUGAAAUCGACGACUUAUUCUACACCGAAGGAAAUCAAAAAACUGUUAAUCAAGGUUGUUCUUUAUCAAAACUCGAAAAGCUCACUGUGGAAUCUCGUCUUGAAGUUUUAAUAGAAAGAGUCCACAAGAAAAGAAUCGAAAUGGCAAAAAAACUAGAAUCUAAUCAUCAGGAUGCCCAAAUAGAGAAUGCAGAGGACAAUAGCGACGGUGAAGAUAAUAACAAUAACAAUAAUGAUGAUAAUGAAAAAAUAACUCCAAACAUAGAUUAUUCAUAUAAAAAAGAUUUGGAUUAUAUUGUUGAAAAGCUAUCAAAUGACCCAGCUCUAAACUCAAUCUCAUUAUCACAUUUUUGUUCUUUAGGUCUUUCAUGCCAAUCAUGCAAUGGAACCUUAGAAGGCAUAAAUAUUCCAACUAUAUUUCAAGGUCUCAACACUCUUUUUUCAAAUCCCAACACAAAGUUAGAAAAUCUUAAACUUUACCUUGGUGGUAAUAGCUUAGAUGCCAAUAUAGUUCAAGGCUUAUCAAAUAAUAGAUCCAUUAAGAACCUUGGUAUUGCAGUAGGUUAUUUUGAAGAUAUUAUAACAAAGGUUUUAGUUGAAAAUCGUAAUCAAACCAUUCGAAAUUUAACAGUUUUUAUUACCUCACACCAUGAUGUAGUCUCUUCAUUGGCUUUAUUACGUGCACACUCUCAAGACAUAGAUUUGUACUCUGUUACAUUCAUUGAUAAUAGACUUACAGAUUUAAGCAAAAUCAAAAAAGUAAUUUCCGGUUCCCAUGAUAAUGGCAAUUAUUCAGUCUCCGAAAUCAAUAUCAUAUCAUUCUCUUAUAUAACCCUUAAAAAAGAGUUUUUCACCACACAACACAAUAACACAAAAUUCAAAUUAAUUUUUUAGGGUUAUUUUCUCACCACUUAUCAUACUCAUCCAUAGUUUGAUUUGUAAAUUCAAAAUCACAACAAAAAUAAUUU